AGGACAACACUUGCCGUACUGUAUGUGUACACACUGUGCCUCGUUCGUCGUACAAUAUAUCAUAGCGAAAAAAUUCAUUAUUGUGUCGCCCCCACUUCUGAACAUAUAUUAUUGUUAUUUUUUUUUUAACCAAACAAUAAGCAAGAUUCAGUCCGAAACGACAGAAAAGUGCCAGUGCAGCUGGGAGAGUUUGUGGAGAGUAAGCAAAGCAAAGAAACUGCCAAGGAAGCGCUGCCAGUUGCAUCUCAUUUGGAAUUUGAAUUCAAAUCGGAAUUGAAAUCUGACCAGGAAGUGAGCGCACCAGCAACGGCCGCAGAAACAGCAACAAAAAGAAUGGCUUUGGAAAGCGGCACACAAACUGGCAGCAAUGCGCUGACAUCAUCCUUUACAACAAAGAAGAAGGAUGCCGCCGCGGAAAAGGAGAAUCUGUGGUCGGCAAUAUUGAAUGAAGUACAAACACAGGGCAGCACAAAACUUCCAGCAAACAAAUCUGUACUAGUAUUAGGCGACAAUGCCACCGGCAAGACGACCCUCAUUGCCAAACUCCAGGGUGUGGAGGAUCCCAAAAAGGGAUCCGGCCUGGAGUAUGCCUACAUUGAUGUCAAAGACGAGUACAGAGACGACAUGACGCGUUUAGGUGUUUGGGUCCUGGAUGGUGAUCCAGGACACACAAAUCUGCUACACUUCGCGCUCAACGAAACGAACUAUGCACACACACUCGUCAUCCUCACAGUGUCGAUGACCCAGCCUUGGGGCUGGCUGGAGCAGCUCAAUCAUUGGAUCAAAGUCCUGGGCCAGCAUAUCGAGAGCCUGCCACUGGAGGCUAAAGAUAAGGAGAUGGCACGCCAGCGAUUGGCCACGACGUGGCAGAGCUAUUGCGAGGUCGGCGAUGAUCUCGAUCCUGGCUCACCCGUCAAACGCACCAUGCGCAACAAUUCGAUCGAUGAGGAUGAUCUGUUGCCGCUGACAGAGGACGCACUAAUUACAAAUCUGGGUCUCGAUAUAGUCGUUGUGGUCACAAAGACGGACUACAUGACCACAUUGGAGAAGGAGUACGAGUACCGGGAUGAGCAUUUCGAUUUUAUCCAGCAAUGGAUACGUAGCUUUUGCCUACGAACUGGCGCCUCGCUCUUCUAUACAAGCGUCAAAGAAGAUAAAAACUGUGAUCUCCUCUACAAAUAUCUAACGCAUCGAAUUUAUGGCCUACCAUUCCGUACGCCAGCGCUAGUCGUUGAAAAGGAUGCGGUACUCAUUCCGGCUGGCUGGGAUAGCCUGAAGAAGAUUAGUAUUUUGUAUGAGAAUAUGCAUGGGAUCAAGGCCGAAAGUCCCUAUUCAGAUGUCAUCAAGGCGCCGCCCACACGAAAGGCGGUGUCCAAUCGCGAGGUGGAAGUGCAAACGGAGGACGAACAGACCUUUUUGGCCCGCCAACAGGAGAUACUCAAGCAGGCUGGACAGGAUCGCGGGGAGUCACCGUUGCGUUCGCAGGGUGGGGGUGGUGUCGGUGGCAAUAAGAGUGUGCCACGCACACCCGGCAGCACCGGCCAGAGCUCACCCAAGAAGAUUGAUCCCAAACUGACGCCAGCCACGCCCGGUGGCGAGGGUGUCCUGGCCAAUUUCUUCAACUCACUGCUACACAAAAAGUCGGGCAGCCCGGGUGGCGGUGGAGGUCCACCGGGCGCCGGCACACCCACAGGCACAACGCGCACCUCCAAUGGCACCGACAGCCUCAUGACGCCCGAGAAGUUGGCGGUCCGCUCAGAUGCGGCCGCUGAGCUGGAUCGGCUGUCGCGCAGCGUUAAGAAGGAGAUUGAUCUGUCACAGAGUGAGUGUUGAAACACAACCCGCCCAUAGCAGCAGCAGCAGCUACCACAGCGGCAGCAACUACAACAACAACAGCAACAACAAAACAACAACAGCAGAACCAGAACAACAUUAUAAGACAUCUUUAAGAAAAACAAAGUGGAAUGCAGAGAGGCUCGUAAAAUAAGGGAGAAAGAUAUGCUGGGGAGCAAAAUAAGAGGACAACAGCUUCUUGGAUCAUUCAAUGGCCAAAUAGUUGUGCAGAGGGGUUUUGAUCAUUGUGUUUUACACCUUAGAAAUGAUACAAAUCUAAAUUCUUGUAUGUUUUAAAUUCGGGUUCCUUUCAAUUAGUAUUUUAACAAGUUAUGGAUAUCAAUUCUGCAAGAAUCAUUUGAUUAAAGUGCCGACUUUUAUCAAUCGCUCAAAAGAGUAGCUCUCAAUUAAUUUUUAACAAAUGAGAACGAGAAGUCAAGCAUAUUAAACACAAAACGAAAAUCAUUUAAGGGAAGGCGACAGUCAAUAAAAGCGAACCCCAGGCCUCGAUUCCAUUCUCAUCAAAUGAUCAAAACCACUGAAAACUAUGCUCAUAAUGAAGCACCAUAAACUCUUUAAACUUUCGAGGAACUCAUUUGAUGAGUUUCAUGACCAAUUUCGGGCUUUCCAUCAGGAACUCUGAAAUGGGGUUUUCUUACGAGCCUCCUGCGACUCAUACUCAAAAACGUUCGAUAGGAAAUGAAACAAAAAUAUAGAGAGAUAUACAAUACGGAAAAUAUUUGGCACUUAAUGGUUCGGCUUAGCGAAAAUGUAUGCUAUAUUUUAAGGAAUAUUGUCUGCGCGGCAUAAAGAUCCCUUCGCUCGCGGAUCCAUUUGGGCGAGCGCAUGGGUUAAGAGCGGGGUCCAGAGCGUGGAAAGAUAAUGUUAAUGAUGAACGAAUACGAGUAAUAAUACAAAUCAAAUAAGUAAUACGUUUUUUUUUUCGCGGGUCCACACACGUUUGUAUAAUAACUUAUUUAAAUGCUGUAAAAUGUAAUUACUGAAACGACGAGAAGGAGUGUGGAACAAUGAGAGAUUCUAAAAGUGCAAGAGCCCCCAGAGAAAUCGUGAUAGUAGGGGCCUGCACAGACACACACACGCGCCUAACUGUAGCUCGAUAGCUUGUAUGUAUUUUUUAAUUAUAUUAAUUAAUUACACUUACACACACACACACUCGCUUGUUCACACCAUACAGACACUGUAAUUGUAUUAGUUUCCAUUCGAUAACCCGUAAAUCCGCAAGGAAAACAGUUUAUAACAUUGUUUACACAACACAAGAAUGAGUGUAUUUUGCUUUCAUUAAAUCGUAAGGCAACGUUUAUGCAAACAAACAAAAACUAUUUAUACGAAUCGAUGUGAAA